AUGAAGAAGGAGCAAGCUGGCGGUGGCUGGCUCUUGACGUAUCUUGGUUCGCGGGUGCUGAAAUCCUUCUUGCCCGGCGGUGGCGACGAGGAGACAUCGGACGAGGAGGACUAUGGGUCCGAGGAGGACGAAGAGGAAGUGGCCGAGAAAGACGGCGAGGCCAGGGAAGAUGCAGAGUCAGGGAGUCUCGCCCCGUUGUUGGCCUGCGGAAAGGCAGAGGUUGUGGACGUGGGGGAGCUGGCCGUGGAGGAGUUGGCCGGUGCAGGCCGGCAGCGAGUUGAAGGGCUGCUCCAAACAUUGGACAAUCGCCUCCAACCGCAGGCACAGGCGUUGAUGAAGGUUCUGGAAAACCCGAAGGUGUCCGACAUGUUGAAGGAUAACAGCAUGGGGGCGCAGAAGCUGAAGGAGAGCUUGAAGACUGUCGCAGGCUUGAAGUCCUCCUGCUCCGGCAAGAAGUUCGAGCAGGCCUUCGAGAAGUUCCAGGCGGUACUGCAGCAGCAGCAGGUGGAGGACACUGGCAAAGCUUUGACAGCCUGCGUAAUGAGGCUCGCAGAUGCACGCUUCAAGGCACACACUGGCUAUUCCUCUGGCGAGCUCCUGGGAUUCCUCAAGAUCUCGCCGAAGCAGAUGGCCCGUGAUACUCGCGAGCUGGAGGACAUUGCCAAAUUCCUGGACAAGCUCCAGGAGACCGUGAACAAGAACAACUGGGACGAGGUCAUCGACAACUUCCUGUGCCUGUACGACAUGCAGCAAAGGCUGAGGGGCCAGCGCAGCCGGCAAGUCUUCUCGGAGAUCUGGAAGAACGAGGAGUUGCGACGGAGUGUUGGGGUUGGCAAGGCCUUCCAAGAAGUGGAAUGCCGGGACAUGCCCCCGAACUUCGUUCUCCGGGAAGUCAAGAACGCGGUGAUGGUCGUCAAGAAGAAUGCCGUGACUUGGAGGCAGCCCCUGGUCUCGGAGAUGGCGGCCAUUGAACUUACCAAGACUCGUCAAGCAAACUUCUUCGCCUUCCUGAUCUCCGCGAUUUCAGGUUUCUUCAUGUUCCUCGCGACCUUCUUUUCCGGCCUUGCUUUGGAUGCCGUCCGAGCCGAUGACAUGCAUAUUCCUCUUCUGUCCUUCUUCGCGCAGAACUCAUCUGCCGUCCACCCGUGA